GAGAGAGAGAGAGAGAGAGAGAGAGAGAGAGAGAGGGAGGGGCAGCAACCACAACGCAGCCCACGACAGUCCGCCGCUGAUCGAGGAUGAAGCUACUUCUCUUUGCAAGCCUUUUCCUUGCUAUCGGCGGAAGGAGGAUGCAGAUGUGGCGAAAGAGGUGCGAAGUUGCAGUCGCAAGUGCCAUGGACUGCCCGUACGGCCUGGCAAUCGGCGCCUAUGGAGACUGCACGUGCGCCAAGUGUGCGGAUGUGGUCUGUUGUUGAGAAUCCACUGGGGAAGCCUGCCUGUUCUCUUCGCUGGGUAGAAUCUCGAGUGUCGGAGAUGCCUUCGGCGAUGAGUGUGGUGGGCCGAAUAACGCCCUCGGCAAGUGUGACGUCGGCCUCCUCUGCGACAAGAAUAUGGCCGAUCCUUCCGCAGAGGGAAAAUGCGUCUUUGGAUAGAGAGGGGGAGUAUAUUCACCAUUAUGAAAAUUGUAAACGAUCGGGAUAAGUACGGAUGGGUGAUGAUACUAGAGUUGAUACGUAAUUGAUGAUGUGUAGUGGAAUCCGGCUGAUCACUGAGCAAUCUGGAAAUAAAGAGAAAAGAAAUGUU